CAGGUUGUAAAACAGCAUUAUUUGCGAAAUAGCCGUACAAAGGUAACAAAGCACAUACUGUUGUAAAUUAUUAGCUUAGCCUUAGAUUCAGUAUAGAAUAAAUUUUGUAAAAAUAUAUGAUAGUAAAAUUUAUAUAGUCUAUAUAUGCAUGCCAAUGUUAUGUCAAAAAAAAUAUAAGUAAACUGGAACAUUUGAAUAACAGGAAAUACGAACGUUAAACAAAAAAAGGAACUUUUAGCAUUUUAGUAAAUAAGACGGAUUGUACGUACGUGAGGGAAGUUUGUGGGUUGAUUUGUGGUCAACCAAGCGAGGAAGAUGUGCAUAAUAUGCGCACUCCAUUGAACUUCCUCUGGGAAAAAGUUCCCACAGCAUGAAAAGUAAGAGAGUAUAAAUACGAGUUAGAUUGUCGAAGAAAGGGAAUGAUAAAAAUACGAAGGUACAAACAUGUAUUGCCCGGUAUACGGUUGUAAAAGUGACUUUAAAAAAAACAUGAGCAGUCUACAUUUCUUUCGGUUUCCAAACCGAAACUCAGGAGCCCAGCAAAAGAGAAGAAAGGCAUGGAUUGAAUUUUGCAAACGCAAAGCAUUCGAGCCAUUGGCGAACAGUAGAAUUUGCUCGCUUCAUUUUGCCGAAGACGCGUACGAAGCAGGACAUUCGCCACAGUUUCUGGAGCGACUAGAGUGUAAAGAAGCGUUUCGAAUACGACUGAAGAGCGAUGCCGUGCCAACUUUGAAUAAAGCGUUGCCCGAAACUACUAGUGCAAGUAAAACAAGGAUGCAUGCGGAGAAAAGAUGACGGAAAAAGGUAAUAAUAAUUCUCGUUUCAGAGCGUAAUUCAUGUCAUUUAUGUUUCUACAAAAUCAUAAUUAUAGUAAUCAAGUAUAGCUGCAGUAUAUGCCUUACCAAUCGGGCAAUACUCGCCAAAAGUCACUGCAGAGCCAUAGGUCUCAGAG